GUUGUUCUCGACUCUCCGAACUUUCGGGAGAACCACGGAGGAAGGAGGGGAGGUAGAGAGAGAGAAAACGCAAUUUUUCCUGUCAGAGGUGUCUUUUUGUGGAUCAGGAAAAGACGGUCCUGGAAGGCGGUGAAAUCCACCAAACUGAGUCGCAAAAGGCCAGCAGAAGAGGAGGUGUGAAGGUGUAGCUAUGUCGGCUGUGUGGCGUGAGGAAGAUGAGGAGUUCAAGGUGGGAGGAGCCAAAGGAGGGUUGAGAUCCAAACCCCGGUUCUCCUUCACUGAGGUCAAAGUGCUGCUGGAGGCGGUGAAGAGGAACAGAUUCAUCCUCCUCAGUGAGUGGAAAGGGAAGUUUAACCAAGGCGUGUCGGCUGAAGCCAAGAAACAGACCUGGACUGAAAUCACCAAUCAGAUCAACGGUCUGGGAGAGAACCACAGAGAGGUGCGUCAGAUCAUGAAGAAAUGGGCGGACCUGAAAUGUGACGGGAAGCGACGCGCCUUGGCCCUCCGGAGCCCCAAUGGGAACAACAUGAGGAAGAAGAACCUGGGCCCCAUAGAGAGGAUGGUGUACAAGAUCCUCAUCAUGAGUCCCAGAGCAGGUGGCGACAGUGAUCUGGAGAUGGGUGAAGAUGAAGAUUUUUCAAAGCUUUACAGUAAAGGCCCAGCCCCCAACACCACCACCUACUCCUACCUCAGCUUGACGGACAGUUCCCACUCUGUACCUGGAGGAGGGGCCUCUUUUGACCUGUCUCCUCUCUCCUCCCCAGAGAAGGAUCUGGAUGGCAACCCUUUCCACAUGUCCUCCGACUUGGACAUGGGUGACGCUGGAGAAUAUGCCUUGGACUUCGAAGAAAACGACGACUCCAUGUUCUUCCUCCCUCAACCCCCACCCUCCGCCUCCCUCACCUCCCUGGACCCCCUGCCUGACAACGCCCUGCUGAGGAUGAAGCCUGUCCACACCUACUCCCGAAACAGCCAGAGCAACACCACCUCCCCAAAACCUCCCCCACCAGUACCCUUUUUCUCCGGGGCCUCCACCUCCUCAGUUAUCCCUUCGGCGUCUGGUUCAGAAACUGCCUCCUCUGCUGCUGCGCACCCCCCGUCGCAGCCCCUCAUAAGCUCCACCAUUACCUUCUCCCUCCCUGUUCCUUCCUCCUUAUUUGCCCUCCCUCCCCCGCCUUCCUCAUCCAAAGUCUCUAAACCUGCGCCCUCCAUCGCGCCGCCUCCCGCCUCCUCUGUUGCUUAUAUCGCCCCCUCCUCUUCAAUCCUCCCUCCCUCCAUCUCCAGCGCUAAUCGUGACCCUCUCCCGGCCGGAGGGGCCCCCCGCAGGACCCAUGAUGCCGUGGCCCAGAUGGCGUCUCAGGGCCUGGAGCAGCAGAGGGCCAGCAGGAUGCUCCUGAGCUCCGUGUCCCAGUCUCUGGAGGUGCUGGCCCAGUCGGUGCAGCUGCUGGUGGAGAGCCAGCAGGAGUUUGUUCAGGACUCCCUGCAGCUGCAGCGGGAAACGGUGGACAUCCUGAGGGACUUCUCCAACACGGCGAUCACCAUGCUGAGGGACAAAACCACUAACCACCCUCCUGCCCCACGCUUCUGAAACACAGAGAUGUUUCCACAGACAUGGUGCAGCUGUAGUUCGGCAGAUUACAGGAGACGUGUGGAGGUCUUCUCCUGCUGGGCUGCUGAAAUCAGGACAAUGUUCGCCCGAAGGCACAAACAUGCAGUUUAAGGUUUGUUUCUGUGUUUUCCUCACUUUAAAUCGUCUUUUUUUUAAAAAGGUGGCGUUUGGAACUGACUGGAUUUUACCUGAUCACUGAAUGAGGGGAAAUGGACAAAAGAACAUUAAUGUGUCAGUAGAAUAGAAGAGUACUAACCCUUGCUGUGUCUCAAUUUGGAUACUUCUCUUAGUACACUGUGAGUACGCAGCUACCCGCUGCAGUGGAAAUGCGCCAUAAGGCACUUGAAUUUGGACUGUGUAAUGUCUCAAAUGGAACAAGACUGCCGACCCUCACGAGAAGUUACGAUCUCCGCUGUUCAUUAGCUAGCCGGAGCAAGCCAAGUAGUAGCCAAGAUGGCGGCCGUCGAGUGUGAAAGUUGUCCAGUGUUUUGACCGUAGUGAGCGCACAAUCUGGAUACUCAACAGUAGAGAGAAGAUACAGAAGAACGCAGCUCCUGCCUCCUUUGCCCGACAUCUUAACGUGUGACACGACUUCAUGGCUGAUCUUUACCACAUCUUGUUUGUGAUGAAACGACCACUUGAUAAUAAAAGCAUUAACAUUUCCUGUGUUACUUUUUCUACAGACCAUGAAAAGAUUCCACCCAAAAACACAACAUUUUCUGAAAUGACUCGUUCACAGAUUUCUAAUGGAAGACAUUUGUUUUUCUGAAUGUUCAGAAUAUUUCUGAUCUUUCAUGCAGUGGAUUAAAGAAAACAUUUCUAAAAUGAUUCAUGGAAACAUCAAGAUGGGACAUUCCUAGCAGCCAAUGCUAAAUCUCUUUGGAGGUUAGUUUACUUGCUGAAUGGUGAAACAGCAGAUUUGAUGCAGAAUGAUCUUGAACGGAAGAUUGUGAUACCCCAUAAUCCUUUACUUCAACCUGACCACAUGGCAAGCAUCACAAGUUAUUUAUGUUUCUGGAACAACAUGGAAGUCCUUAAAUCUCCAAGUGUGUUUUACAUGUUGUACAAAAUAGCAUUUCAUUUAAAUACUGGUGUUAUAUACACACAAAUAUGCCUUUUGUGUUCAUCAAUAAAAAAUCAAUUUGAGCGCAA